AUGAGUUUGGCACCCCUCCAUCAGACCGGGAAAGAUGAAUGGCGCCAAAACCCAAAGCUUUACUCCAUAUUAAGCCAAGUCAACCGACAAGAUCUUUUCCAGAAGUUGCUCGAGGCCCACGUCACAGACUUCUGGCUUCCGAUCCCCAAACGUGUAGUGCAGAAGGUGCUGGGGGAGAACACCAAGUCUUUCAUGGAUGCUCAAGAGAAGAUCUUGGAGGAUGGAAUACCCAUAAAUUACAUCGGACAGCACCUGUCGCUCAUGGAUUUUGAUUGUAUGGACUUUGAGGAAGUGAAGCCGCUUGGAUUCGGUGGAUUCGGUACCGUUCAUCAUGUCGUUGACAAGCGAACGAACCAAGCAUACGCUAGGAAAAUAAUGAACCGACCCAUGGACUUGAAGAGACAUCGAGAGACGAUGAAAAUCUUCAAGAAGGAAGUUGAUGGAAUGCGAAGAGUGCGACAUCGUCAUUGUGUGGACCUGGUGGCUACAUGCACAGAUGAAGACUCGGUCGUGCUGCUGACCUCGCCCGUUGCCGACAUGAAUCUGGCUCAGUUCUUAGAUGCGGACCUUGGUAUCCUUCAGCUCGAUUUGCUUCGCCGGGCUGUCGGCUGCAUCACGUCAGCACUCGCAUAUCUCCACCAAGCAGGCAUCAGAAGACACGACGACCUCAAGUCCAACAAUGUUUUGAUACAUGGCUCAAACGUUCUUUUGACAGACUUUGGCUUCUGUCACGACUUUUCCGACGAUGCAGUAUCCACUACCACAGGGGCUCCUAUGCACAGCUCGCAACGCUACUCCUCUCCCGAAGUCUUUGAGUAUGAGCCUCGAAACCGACUGACUGAUAUUUGGGGCUUGGGUUGCAUACUCCUUGAGAUAUUGUCUCGGCUUUAUAACUACCGGUUGAGUACAAUGCAUGAGUUCUGGCGCACAAAUGGCAAUCGAUUGAACAGUUUUGCCCGGAAUCCAGAGGCUAAUGCCGCUUGGUUGGCAAAACUGACUGACAAUCAAGCCAAAACGCAACACGGUUACAACCGGAGAAACUUGUGGUUGGUUUCCUUCAUAUAUCACGUCCUUCUCCAUCGAGAUAGAUUGCUGCGCCCUACUGCGAAACAGGUGCUAGAUAGGUUGCACGAUUUAGAUGCCGUGUAUCCCGUCGAGUCAUCCAAGUUUUGGGUGGCUGAUUGUUGCGCGACCCAAGUGGAUUCACUUUCACCUCCGGUUGUCUUCCGUGGUCACAUACCGCAAUGGCCCAUACUGGACCUUGCGCUGGCGGAUGAUUAUCUGGCUCACAUUCACCUCGACAUGGACCUACAAAUACUCUCCACCAGCAUCAAUCUCUCCUUCUUGAACGAUAUCAACGAAUCUGGAACACCUGACCUCAAGUGCCUUUUCGCGGUCGCGGCGAUACAGUGCUUGCAGAGAGCGGCGCAGUCGAUGCUGGAUUCCAUCCAUCUGGCAAACCGCAAACUCGCCAGAUCGGAUAUUGACGUCGCACAGAUAACAAACAGCAUAUCGGCUGGCUGUCUCAAGGACACAACCUUCUGGGUCGAUAUUCUCGAUAUGAACUUGGUGGCGAAUGAACCUCCUUGCGUACGUACCGUCCAACUAAGCCUGCAGGAGAUUUGUCUCAAACGCCAGCCGGGUUACCACACCCCGUUUUUCAUCUUGACGUUUAAUCCCAACGAAGGCGAAGUUGUGAACCAUUCUUAUCAAGAGAGCAGAGACGUAUGGACGGACGGAUUUGGUGUCGCAGCCAGGUUCUACGAAAGAGAUAAAGCCGACAAAGCCGAUCGAUAUGCCCUCCUCAAGAGGUGUGUCACAGAGCGACAAGACGAAUUCAACAGUCUUGUCAUCGACCGGAGGAGGAAAUUCAAGGAUUUUAUGAAAGCAAAAUGUGUGCGCUGUAAAAUUCUGAGCCUAUCAUGCAGUGGACCCAGCGCAGGUGACUGUGAGCAAUGUAAAGUGGCACACAUGCUCUGCAGGUUUAGUGCCAACGAGGUCGAGUCAGGGGGUGAAAACACGAGACAAAUCGACAUUAAAGAGCACAUAGCGCGUGUAGAGUGGCAGUUCACAGAGAGAUGGGGUAGUUAAAGGGCUAGCAUUUAGAUCGUUCAGAUCAUUCGCGUUCAAACACCGUUGGCUCACACGCCUCUAUUCUUGACAAUUCCUGAUUAAGCUCGCUCAAAAUCACUGUUGGGGAUAUCAAGUAUUGGGAGUUAUGUAACACGC